AAAAAAAAGCUCAUCUUUAGAAGAAUAAAACCAAAGCAUAAAGACAUAAUUUUUCAAAGUGAAACAGAAUUCGAAAUGCUGAAAGUGUAGCAUUUUUUCAUUACAAUGGAGCUUUUACUGUUUCAAGAACUCUAAUUUUGUUUUCUCCGGCCCCUUAUUCUUAAAUUAUGUAAGUAUUUGUUCACAUUCCAACUCAUUAGAUUCAGCAUUUUGCUUUUAUCAGAUCAGUAUAUCACCACAUUUUAAGAUUAUGCUCAAGUAGUGUGUUUCUAUGGGUUCAUUUGUUUUGUUUUGAUAAUUUAGAAUUAGGGUUUCGAAGCUCUGUUUCAAAUUGUUCUAUUUUUCUCUCUCUCUGCUGUUUAGGCUGAUUGAAAAUGCUUGGUAGGUCUGAAUUUAAUAAAAGAUUGGUCCUUUUUAAUUAAUUCCAGAGUCUGGUUUUUCGUUUUAUGAGGUUUUAUUUGGAGUUCCCGAAGAUAUUGUGGUUUUGUGAGAUAUAAAGUGUGUAAAUGAAUAACAAUAAUCCUGCAAAAACCUUUGGGGUAGGGAUACCGUCUGCAUUCGCCAAUUCUGGCGCGCUACCGCAGUCUAUACCCUUGAAUAAUCAACCGCCCCACCUUCCUUCCCAGUCGCAACCUCAAACGCUAGGUGUACCUGCAUAUCCGGGUCACUUUCAGCUGUCUGAACCCCAAUCUAAAGUAUUGGGUCAUUCACAAUAUGUACAGGCCGCUCAGGCUCAAUUUCAGUCUCUGGUGCAACAGAAUAACCAGUCCGCUGUGCAGCACCAACACCCUAGUGUUAGUAAUGCUGCUGGCGUAUCAUCCCCGACUGUGUCUUUAUCUGGCUCUGGAAGUGCCAAAAGGGCUAACCCGAAACCUCCUUCGAGGCCUUCAGGUGGCUCAUCCAACACCAAUACAGCUUCACCGUUUAAAACCAUGGAGUUAGCCCCAGCUGCACAUAGAAAAAAACAAAAGCUUUUUGAGAAGCAGAUUCCUGAUAGUGUAGCUGCAAUUCUGCCAGAGUCCUCACUUUAUACUCAAAUGCUUGAAUUCGAAGCUAGAAUAGAUUCAGCUUUGGCGAGAAAGAAAAUAGAUAUUCAAGAUUCGCUUAAAAAUCCUUCCCGCAUUCGGAAAACACUUCGUAUGUAUAUUUUCAACACUUUUGAAAAUCAAGUGCAAGGAGAGAAGAAUAAUGCAGGGCCUCCUUCUUGGUCGCUGAAGAUAAUCGGGAGGAUAUUGGAAGAUGGGAAAGAUCCAGUACUGGCUGGAAUGCCACAAAAGUCAUAUUCAAAAUUUUCAUCUUACUUUAAAAGAAUUACAAUAUACUUGGACCAGAGCCUCUAUCCAGACAAUCACGUGAUUCUGUGGGAGAGUGCUCGAUCACCUGCACUUAAUGAGGGCCUUGAAGUGAAGAGAAAAGGAGACAAGGAAUUCAACGCAAUAAUUAGACUAGAGAUGAAUUAUACUCCAGAGAAAUUCAAGCUUUCACCUUAUUUAUCAGAGAUUCUCGGAAUUGAGGCAGAAACACGUUCUAAAGUUUUAGUGGCAUUUUGGCAUUAUAUCAAGUCUAAAAAGUUGCAGAUCCCAAAUGAUCCAUCCUUCUUCAUGUGUGAUCCUCCGUUAAAGAAGUUAUUUGGAGAAGAGAGGGUGAAAUUUGCAAUGGUCUCUCAGAAAAUAAGUCAGCAUUUAAUUCCUCCACAGUCUAUUCAUUUGGAACAUAGGAUAAAACUAUCAGGGACUUGCCCGGCUGGAACUACUUGUUAUGACAUUGUAGUUGAUGUUCCUUCUCCAUUGCAAAAGGACCUUGCUGCAUUUUUAGCAACCACUGAGAAGCACAAAGAAAUUGAUGCGUGUGAUAAAUUAAUAAGUGAUUCUAUAAAGAAGAUAUGUGAACAUCGAAGGAGGCGGGCCUUCUUUCGCAGCUUUAGUCAGUCUCCAGCAGAAUUUAUUAAUACGUUAAUUGCUUCUCAAAGCAAGGAUCUAAAGCUUGUUUCUGGAGAUGCGAGUCGUAAUGCAGAAAAGGAACGCCAGUCAGGCUCUUAUAAUCAGCCAUGGGUUGAAGAUGCUGUUAUUCGCUACCUGAAUCGCAAGUCGGCUGGAAAUGAUACUCCUGGAAGCACUUGAUUAACGAUUGACAAAUCUACAACAGAUGUCUUGAACUGCAAGACUUGUAAUGCCAUUCUGCUCCUUUCAUUUUUAUAUUGAUAUUGUUGUACUUAUGUAGUUAGAUUUAGGAAUCUGUAUCUGUUUUUUAUGUGGCCUUAAGAUGGGAAUUCUUUGCUCGGGUUGUAGUUCAUAGUUAUAUUUCAUGAGAAAAUGCAUGGUAUGUUGUUCUA